AGUCAACAAUUAAGUUUCGGAAGGCUUGCAUCGUGUCGCGUCGCAAAUCUAUAUAAAGAUGACUACAUCGUCGCCGCCAAUACCCGACUGGGUUAAUCAAGGACUUUUUCUGGGAUUAAUCAAAGAGCAUUACUCCAAUUUUUGUUCGAUAGAAAAAUUUAUAAUCAAUCCAGCAGUCGCUUGUGGCGAGAACUUUUUAUCCAUAGUACUUCGCAUACAAGUAUCAAUUCAAAUGAAAGAUGAGACAAUAGAGGAUGUAAAUUAUGUAUUAAAGAUUCCUCUUGACUACGGGUAUGACGAGGACUACAAUCAUCAAUUAUUUGUAACUGAGUUAAAUGUGUAUGAUCAUCUGCUUCCCGAGUUAGAGAGUAUCUAUGCUAAAAAUAAUUCAUUCUCAAUAAAAUUAAAACCACGCCAUUUUAAAUUUACGGACAAAGCAAUAAUGCCCAAAUGCGAUUAUCUAUUGAUGGAGGACUUAGUUGCAAAUGGAUAUAAGAACAUGGAUCGUACUGUGGGAUUGGAUCAAAGACAAAUGGAGGCGGUCCUACGAAAAUUGGCUCAAUGGCAUGCAGCGUCGGUUGUAAGAGUUAGCCAAAUUGGUCAUUACGAAGAUAGCAACAACGACGACAAAGAGUCCGUUGAAUCUGAACCUGAUGAUUCAUUUCAAAAAAAUUGUGUGGCUUUCUUGGACUGCCUCCCGUUGUAUGAUUUAGACCCCCCAGAAGAAAUUUUAAUAACAAAUUAUGUGAACGAUAUCUUCAAGAACUGGCCUACAAUUCCGGAUGAGAUUUUGGUGCUCAAUCACGGUGAUCUUUGGUGUAAUAACAUUAUGUUCAAGGUCAAAGAGGAAUCAAAUGAAAUAUUAGACGUUUGCUUUGUGGAUUAUCAGAUGACCCAUUAUGGAACACCCGCUAAUGAUUUGUUUUGUUUGCUGAUGACGUCACCGCAGCUUGGUAUAAAACUAAGUAAAUUUGAUUAUUUUGUGGAGCUUUACCAUCAAGAACUUACCAAACAUCUUGUUUCACUUCAUUACAAUGAAAACAUUCCAACUUUACAACAAUUACAUGAGAUUCUAUUUCAAUAUAGCUCCUAUGCAUUUUCCAGCCUUGUCAAGUUUAUAUAUCUCAUGGUAAAUAACUCAGAUGAUUCGGAUGAAAAUCUAUCGUACGACCAUCAACGUUGCCUCUUACCUGACAAAUACAUAAUCAAGCCCGCCGUCAGUUCCGGGGAGAACUUCUUAUCCACAGUACUUCGCAUACAAAUAUCAAUUCAAAUGAAAGAUGAGACCAUAGAGGAAGUAAAUUAUAUAUUAAAGAUUCCUCUCGAAAACGUGUAUGGGGAGAACUACAAUCAUAAAUUAUUUGUAACUGAAUUAGAUAUGUACGAUCGUCUGGUUCCUGAGUUGGAGAGUAUCUAUGCUGAAAAUACCUCACUCUUAGUAAAAUUUAAGCCAUGUCAUUUUAAAUUUACUGACAACGAAAAAUUCCCACAAUGCGAUUAUCUACUAAUGGAGGAUCUAAUUGCAAAAGGAUAUAAGAACAUGGAUCGUACUGUGGGUUUGAAUCAAAUGCAAAUCGAGGCGGUUUUAAAAAAAUUGGCUCAAUGGCAUGCAGCGUCGGCUCUAAGAGUAAGCCAGUUUGGUAAAUAUGAAGAUGACGACUUCGACAACCAUGAAACCGAUGAAUCUACUGAUGAUGGCUUUGAAAGAUGUCGUGUGCCUUUUUUGGAUUGUCUGUCGGUGUAUAAUUUAGAGCCGCAGGAAGAAAUUUUAAUAAGAAGAUUUGUGUCUCGGCUCAAUGAAUUCUAUAUAAAUAGUCGCACCAAUCCAGAUGAGUUUAGUGUACUUAAUCAUGGUGAUCUUUGGUGUAAUAACAUUAUGUUCAAGGUCCAAGAAGAAUCAAACGAAAUAUUAGACGUUUGCUUUGUGGAUUAUCAGUUACUGAACUAUGGAACACCCGCUCAAGAUUUGUUUUGUUUAUUGAUGACGUCACCGCAGCUUGGUAUAAAACUAAGUAAAUUUGAUUAUUUUGUGGAGUUUUACCAUCAAGAACUUACCAAACAUCUGGUUUUACUUCAUUACAAUCAAAACAUUCCAACUUUACAACAAUUACAUGAGAUUCUAAUUAAAAAUGGCUUUUAUGCAUUUAUCUGCCUUAACCAGCUUAUGUUUGUUGUGGAAAAGGAUUCAGCGGACUCGGACGAUAAUCUAUCGUAUGACCAUCAACGUUACCUCUUGCCUGGGAAUGUGGAACAAAUGAAGCUGAUAUUACCUUGGCUAAUUGAAAGAUCUUACAUAAAAUAGAAAUUGGUUUACUUCGCCAAUUUUUCGCUUGCGUCAUCCAACAGUCACAACAGUACUUAAACUGUAUUUUAGUUUCGAAAAAUGCCUUUUACGUUUGCACACUUAUUAAUAAAUAUUAAGGUAGUAAAAAUAACGGUACAAAA